CUGUCUCUAUCGGACCACCUUGUUUUCGAUUUAUCCGCAAGGUUGAACGAAUCGAGCGUACGCUGGAUCGACGCGUCGUACCGUGUAUACGAGACGUUACGAUCGUCCAACAGAGUCUCGCGUUUCUCGCCGUUACAAUUUCUUUUCGUUUCCAUCGAUUCAUCGAACCUCCUCUGAUAUUAUUCGUUCGAUCGAAGCCGAACGUUCCGAGUCAUCCCCACCCUGAACGUUUCGGUCUAUCUUCUUUCAUCGCGGUCGCAGUCGCAGUUCUAGUGGCAGUGUGCAGUACCUUCUGCCUUCUGCUGUUUGGCCGACGUAACGCAUCGGGGAAAUCGUUCAGCAAAAUGUAUUCGAAAACUAUCGGAGACCGUCAAGCUAAUCAGGAACAUGUUUUGGCUGUUUCGAGAGACUUUAUCGCGCAGCCUCGACUGACAUACAAAACUGUGUCGGGCGUGAACGGACCUCUCGUCAUAUUGGAUGAAGUCAAGUUCCCAAAAUUCGCGGAAAUUGUUCAACUGAAGCUCGCCGACGGAUCCAUGAGAUCGGGACAAGUUUUAGAAGUGUCCGGCUCGAAAGCGGUGGUUCAGGUAUUCGAGGGUACCUCCGGCAUCGAUGCGAAAAACACGCAUUGUGAAUUUACCGGGGACAUUCUUCGAACACCCGUGUCCGAGGAUAUGUUGGGUCGUGUUUUCAACGGAUCCGGAAAGCCGAUCGACAAAGGACCCCCGAUUCUUGCCGAAGACUUUUUAGACAUCGAUGGUCAACCGAUCAAUCCAUGGUCCCGUAUUUAUCCCGAAGAAAUGAUACAGACCGGUAUCUCGGCCAUCGAUGUUAUGAAUUCUAUUGCUCGCGGUCAGAAGAUACCUAUAUUCUCGGCAGCUGGAUUGCCCCACAACGAGAUCGCUGCGCAAAUUUGUCGUCAAGCGGGUCUUGUCAAGGUCCCUGGAAAGUCGGUGUUAGAUUCCCACGAGGACAACUUUGCCAUCGUAUUCGCAGCCAUGGGUGUAAAUAUGGAAACUGCCCGUUUCUUCAAACAAGAUUUCGAAGAGAACGGUUCUAUGGAAAAUGUUUGCCUGUUCUUGAACUUGGCCAACGAUCCCACCAUCGAGAGAAUCAUCACUCCGCGCCUUGCUCUGACCGCAGCCGAAUUCUUGGCUUAUCAAUGCGAGAAACACGUUCUAGUUAUACUCACCGACAUGUCCUCGUACGCCGAGGCUCUCCGCGAGGUAUCGGCCGCUCGCGAAGAAGUGCCGGGUAGACGCGGUUUCCCCGGCUACAUGUACACCGAUUUGGCUACCCUGUACGAACGGGCUGGCCGGGUAGAAGGCCGUAACGGUUCCAUCACGCAAAUUCCGAUUCUGACUAUGCCGAACGACGACAUCACUCAUCCUAUUCCCGAUUUAACCGGAUACAUUACCGAGGGACAAAUUUACGUUGAUCGUCAGCUUCACAACAGACAAAUUUAUCCACCCGUAAACGUACUACCGUCUCUGUCUCGUUUAAUGAAGUCUGCCAUUGGCGAAGGCAUGACCAGGAAAGAUCACUCCGACGUGUCCAAUCAAUUGUACGCGUGCUACGCUAUUGGAAAAGAUGUGCAAGCUAUGAAGGCUGUUGUCGGUGAAGAAGCUUUGACACCCGACGAUCUCUUGUAUUUGGAGUUUCUGUCGAAAUUCGAGAAGAACUUCAUUUCCCAGGGCAGCUACGAGAAUCGCACAGUCUUCGAAUCGCUGGAUAUCGGUUGGCAAUUGCUGCGUAUCUUCCCGAAAGAGAUGCUCAAGCGAAUCCCUGCCACUACCCUCGCAGAAUUUUAUCCGAGAGAUUCCCGCCAUUAACUGUUCCUCUUAUAACUUAAUUUUCAUCUUCCUGAGAACACUCCAUGAAGAAUGGAAAAAUAAAAAGAACACGAAUAUGAGUCCUGCGCCUAAUGGAAAGAGCAAUGAGAUUUCAUAUCAACGGAAUGAUCCCAAGAAUUGUCGUUAACCAAAUUCGAGCAAUUAAUUAAACGCGAUACAAUCGAAUGAAAUUAUUUUUCGAAAGUUUGUAAAUUAUGAGAUUCGACAAUAAUAACUAAAAGCGUAUGCUGGUAAAAAUAAUGUUUGCACAAAACAUGUAUGUAAAGGUCAGGACUAUGUUAUACUGUUGAACGUUAAUUCAAUAGCGGCAUUGUAAUUUUAAUUGUAAUGUUUUCUGACGUAUUCAAAUGUUCGCUUGCAGAAAGUGAUCGUGUAAAGUGUAAUAUAUUACUCAGUAUUAACGUAGAGAAGAAAAAAAGAAAGAAAAAAAAUAAUGAGAAAGAGAUUGCGAGAUCAUAUCACUUUUUUGUCCUACAUUCCGAUAGAUUUUCAUUUGAGUUUUCACGAAAUCGAAAAAUAGAGAAGUGUUUCGUUCGAUAUUGAUGCAAAUUUUUUUAAACUUGUACCGAUAAACAACUUUUAAAAACCAUAUUUUCCAAGCACUCCACAGUUGCUUCGAUGUUACGUAGAAUAGUAUCGUUGUUUCGAUAAUAAAUAUACAUGUACGAAUAUAGGUUAAAUAUACAUGAUUUUGUUGACGA